UUUUUUUUUUUUUUUUACAUCGAAAACAAUUUAUUGAUACCAUUUAAUGUUCUGUCAUUUAUUUCUACAAAAACUCACUAUGAAAAUAUUGUACUAAAGUAAGUACCAAGACAAAUUGAUAUUAGAAAAAUAUUGUUUAAAUUCAAUAUGUUCAUGGAAAAGCGAUGGCAACGAACAUCGUAUACUAAUGUUGGUAUCUAGUUACAUUUUGAUGAGGUAACUCUGUCACGUAUCAUAUAUAUACGAAAUGCGCCAUAUUGUUCGUUAAACAAUUGAACAUCUUCAUUGAUAUUGGUGCAUGUGUAAUGAACACUUAUUUCAUUUCUUCAUUCUGGAAAAUAACUCAAGAUAUUACAUCUAAGAUGAUGCUUUUGCUAACCUUCCUGCUGAUGGUCCAUGUUUCACAAACUAAAACACAAACUGAAAGCUGCAAAGAUAUCUUACAUGACAUCCUGUCUAGACAAGUGUCGUCCGCUCUUGAGAAAUACCAGAUUACGGCUUUAAAACAGGAGAUCCAAAGGUUAAAGAAUAGCAUGGAGCAAAUGAAAGGUGAUAUUCAGAAAAUAGGCAAAAUUAACAAGAGCGUCGUCUAUACAAGGUGGGGAAAGAAGUCGUGUCCCUCCAAUGCUGAUCUGGUUCUUUCUGGAUUUACUGGUGGGUCAUAUUGUAGGCACUCGGGAGCGGCUGUUGAGCCCCUUUGCUUACCAAGAGAUCCACAAUGGGGUCAGUACAAAGAUGGAACUGACGGUACUAAAGCUUAUGUAUUUGGAGCAGAAUACGAAACCAUUGAUUCUCUGAGUUCCUUGCGCAGUAUCCAUGACCAUGAUGUACCGUGCGCUGUCUGCCUGGUCCAUAGUAGAUCAGUUCUAAGAGUAUUUCCAGCAAGGAAAACGUGUUACAAAGGUUGGCAAUUGGAAUACAAUGGAUAUCUAAUGGCGGGACACCCCGGUCUUCCUGCUUCCACAAUGUACACGUGUGUGGAUAGCAACCCUGACACCAUAACUGGGGGUCAUUCCAGUCACAAUGGUUAUCUUUUCUAUUCCGUGGAGGCAGUAUGUGGCUCAUUGAAAUGUCCACCAUACGUACACGGGCGUGAACUUGUAUGUGCUGUCUGCUCCAAGGCAUAGAGAUAUCCGAUAGGACAGUGGUGCAUGUAAUACCUCCACACAAUAAAGAGAGUGGUUUAAGAAUUAA